CCGCGACCUGAUCGUGUUGCGUACAUACCUUAAUAUCUUGCUUUUUUGCGAUAAUAUCCUAAUCACCUAUAUCCUUCCUUUUGUGCAUCGCUGCAGCGCGCCACCACUCAUAUUGCAAGAGCUCCCGGAGCUCCCCCGGAAGUCAGCCCUCGAGGCCGUUGAGCUCCCACGACAGGCGCAAUGGUCGGCGUGCGCAAGGGCGCAGCCCUCCAGGAGGAGAGCGCCGAAGUCGAAGUGCUCUUCUCCAACAUGGAGAAAAUGAAGGCCUUGACCAAGAAGAUCCAGGGCUCGGUGACGCGCCUGGAUGCGAGUGGGAAGGCGGUGCAGGACGCCAUCAGCCCGAUAUACGGGAACACGCAGAAACUGCAGAUUGCGAACAACAACAUUGAUAGCAUUCUCGAAGCCAUUGAACGCUUGCGCGCCCCGCGAGACUCGACCGACCGCGAGGAGAGCAUCAUUCGCGCCGGACCGGGACGAGGCGACCUCAGAGACUACAUCGCCUCCCUCGACCGCACUGCCGGCGCACUCGCAGACCUCAAACGCACGAACCUGCGCUCGAACGAGAAGGCUGUCGCGCAGCUCGGCGGGCUGCUCAAGCUUGGAAACAAGCAGCUGGAGGAUGUCUUCAGGAGCACAUUGCAGGACUGCUCGCGCGAGAAGGUCCAAUCUUUGGAGUUCGCAGUGAAGAAGAACCCGUUUCCCGUCAUUGCACCCGAGCAGAUCUCGACGCUGCGUGCGAUCAACAGCCACAUGUCGAAAUCGCUUUCUCAGCCCGAUGGGGCCCAGACUCCGGCACAGAAAAUCUACGCAGAUGUUCGAGGCGAGUAUCUUGAGAGGUCGCUGAGCAGUCUUGCGCAGGCGUCCAUCAGCACGGCCAAGAAGAUUCAGCCUGACGCGCUGUACAAGCCAGGACAGAACGGUAUUGGGACAUACGUGCUGGCCAUCGAGGGCAUAUUCGUCGCGGAAUACAACAACUUGACCAACAUCUUUGCGCGAGAGGAAUGGACCAUAGUCUGCGAAGCCACCUGUCAAGUCCCGCUGGGAGACUUCAACAAGACACUACGCGAGUUGAACGGACACAUUCAGAAGAAUUUACUGACAGACUGCUUUCUUGGUUAUGAGAUCAGUGGCCUGGUCAGGACUCUUUCUAUGCGUGUACAAGAAUUGACGGGAGCGCUCAAAGGCCCAAUCUACGACAGCGUCAAGCCGAUUCGCGAAACAUCCAAGAUGUCUCUCAGCAAGUUGAUAGAUGACACACGAUCUCGGACACAGACACUUGUCGCUCUUCCUAUCGACGGGAGCGCUGUACAGGUCACGUCCGACACGAUGCGUCGCCUGCAGGAGAUGACAAACUACCUGGAACCACUGUCCUCAAUCUUGGCGUCCCUGGGCGACGGUGGCUGGGCUCCAGGCGCGACGAACAAGUCCUCCACUACCCUGGAUGUCAGUCCCGACUCGCUGGUGCUGUUCGCGAAAUAUGCAGCCGACACAAUAGACAUCUUGUUGCAAAGUCUAAUCGCCAAAGCAAAGAUACUGUUGAAGGGUAAAAACCUGCAGGGCAUCUUCAUAGCAAACAACAUUGCCGUCGUUGCGCGCAUGAAACGCACGUCGGACCUCGAGCCUCUGUUGGGAAGUUAUGACAAGAACCUCUUGGAAUACCAAAAACAGGCCAGGGCCAUGUAUCUGGAGGCCUGGCGAGAACCAUCGGGACAUCUGCUCGACGUGCAGUACACGAACCGCAGCAAAGACCGGCCUCGUUCUGGUGGCGGCGUGACAGACUCUGCAGCCAUCGUCAAAGCCCUCGGCUCGAAAGACAAGGACGCAAUCAAGGAGAAGUUCAAGAACUUCAACACGAGCUUCGACGAGCUGGUUGUACGCCACAAGACGUACGCGUUCGACAGCGACCUGCGUAGUCAGUACGGCAAGGAAGUGCAGAACAUCAUCGAGCCUCUCUACAACAGGUUCUACGACAGGUAUCGGGAGAUUGACAAGGGGAAGGGCAAGUAUGUCAAGUACGACAAGAGCGAGUUGAACAGGGCGUUGAUGAGCUUUGCAUGAUGCAUUUGACUAUGGCGUUGGGAUGGGUUCGGUGUUCUCCGCAAAAUACCCUUGGAGCGAUAUGCGUUUGAUGGAUUUGGAUACUCGCACCGCAUUUGUGUUUUGUACGCGACGCGACUGAAUAGGAUGGUUGUACUGCAUACCGUGCAGUGCUUCCUUGGUAACACAUUACUGUAGUAUCACGUCGUUAUAGACACCAAAGACUUGC